AUGCUCAAGGGCAAGAAGAAAGACAAGGAGGGAAAAGAUAAGGUUUUCUAUUGGGAAGAAUUGAGUUCGGUAUGUUACGGACCUGUUAUACCUCGGCGGGAUCGUCGACAGUCCAGCAGUCUGUUCAAUGUUUCAUCGAACAGGGAGCUUGUGAAGUUGCCUCCUAUAAAAGAUGCCGAUCCAUCGGAACGCGAAGAUUUGUUUAUUCAAAAGUUACGACAAUGCUGCGUGGUGUUCGAGUUUGCACAGGAUCCGUUAAGCGAUAUGAAAUACAAAGAGUUUGCUCUCAACUUAUUCCGACCGCUUUCACCUCCAACGAACCCCGUAGGUGCCGAAUUUGACCCUGAUGAAGACGAACCGACGCUUGAAGCUGCAUGGCCACAUUUGCAGCUUGUGUAUGAGUUUUUCUUACGUUUUCUUGAAUCUCCCGAUUUCCAAUCAAGUGUGGCGAAGAAGUACAUCGACCACAAAUUUAUGCUACGGGUGAAGUCGCUGUCGACAUAUCAUCCACAGUUGGCCUACUGUGUUGUACAGUUUCUCGAAAAGGAUCCAUCACUGACCGAACCCGUUAUCAUGGGUUUGUUGAAAUUCUGGCCGAAAAUUCAUAGUCCGAAAGAGGUGAUGUUCCUGAACGAACUCGAGGAAGUUUUGGAUGUGAUUGAGCCGGUGGAGUUCCAGAAAGUCAUGGUUCCACUUUUCACGCAAUUAGCCCGUUGUGUAGCUGAGCGAGCGCUUUACUACUGGAACAACGAAUAUGUGAUGUCGUUAAUAGGGGAAAAUGCUGCUGUUAUAUUGCCAAUAAUGUUUCCAGCCUUGUAUAAAAACAGCAAGUCUCAUUGGAAUAAAACUAUCCACGGAUUAAUUUAUAACGCGCUGAAACUGUUGAUGGAGAUUAAUCAAAAGUUGUUCGAUGAGUGCUCGCAGAAUUACGCGAAGGAAAGAUCACUGGAGAAGAUUCGACAGGAAGAGAAAGAGCGAAAAUGGGAGAUAAUCGAGCAGUGCGCGCGGAAAAAUCCAAAGUACUGCGAGGUUAAAGCUGUAUUCGGUGACGUGAAUGGUAUCACUUGUGGUAUGGACGCGUUAUCAAUAAAUUCAUCUACCUCCAAUGAUGAUGACAGCACUGUACAGUUGAAUAAAGAAGAAAUUAUGCGCAAUACGUUAGAUAGGCAAAACGUGGAAAAAACGAAUCAAAGAGAAGUUGGAUUCACGCAAAAGCGCAGCGAACUCCCACCAGACAUGCAGACGGAGAAAGCGUUAGAGGAAUACAAGCGGCACGAUGCCUAUCUGCGAAAAUUGGGUAACGCUGAGUGA